UUGUCCUGAGCCUCAUAUAUCUGGGCAUCGGAACAGCAGUUGCCUGCUUUCUUCGUAAGUAUACUUUCCAUUCUAUUCUUCAAACAGUAAGUACAUGUUACCUGUCAUUCCUUUAUUUGUUCCAGAGGUGUCAUGCUGGACGAUGGCAGGAGAAAGGCAGUCAGCACGCAUUCGUUCUCUUUACCUGAAAUCAGUUCUGAGACAAGAUAUUGCUUUCUUCGACACAGAAAUGACAACUGGUGAAGCAGUUUCUAGAAUGUCUAGCGAUACAGUCAUAAUUCAAGAUGCUCUUGGUGAAAAGGCAGGAAAGCUUGUACAACUCUCAUCUGGUUUCAUUGGUGGUUUUAUAAUAGCUUUUACAAAAGGCUGGCUUCUGACUCUUGUCAUGCUAACGUCGCUACCACUAGUUGCUAUUGCCGGUGCAGUGUCUGCGCAGCUGCUAACCAGGACUUCUAGCAAGAGACUAACAUCAUAUAGUGAUGCUGGGGACAUUGUUGAGCAGACAAUUGGAUCUAUAAGAACAGUUGUUUCCUUCAAUGGUGAGAAGAAAGCUAUGGCAAUGUACAACAAUUUCAUAAAAAGGGCAUACAGGACUGUUAUUGAGGAAGGCCUUAUCAAUGGUUUUGGCAUGGGCUCUGUCUUUUGCAUCUCAUUUAGCAGCUAUGGCCUAGCCUUCUGGUACGGUGGAAAGCUAAUCAUUGACAAAGGCUAUACCGGAGGGACGAUCAUCACUGUUUUAUUUGCCGUGUUGACUGGUGCAACUUCUUUAGGUAACGCAACACCAUCAGUUUCUGCAAUCGCGGGAGGUCAAUCUGCAGCAUACAGACUGUUUGGAACAAUUGAGAGGAAACCAGAUAUAGAUUCAGAUGAUACCAGUGGCAUGGUUUUAGAAAAUAUCAAGGGUGAUGUUGAGCUAAAGGAUGUGUACUUUCGCUACCCUGCUAGACCUGGACAGUUAAUAUUAGACGGAUUGUCAUUACAAGUAGCCAGUGGUACAACAAUGGCCAUAGUUGGAGAGAGUGGAAGUGGCAAGUCAACUAUUAUAAGCUUACUUGAAAGAUUCUACGAUCCACAGGCUGGUGAAGUUAUGAUAGAUGGAAUCAACAUCAAGAAUCUGAGGGUUGAUUGGAUAAGAGGGAAGAUUGGUCUUGUUAGCCAAGAACCAUCGCUCUUUAUGACCACCAUUAAAGAGAACAUAAUAUAUGGCAAAGAAGAUGCAACACUUGAAGAGAUCAAGAGAGCAGCUGAACAUGCAAAUGCAGCAAACUUCAUCGACAAGUUACCAAAUGGCUACGAUACAUUAGUUGGUCAGCGUGGCACUCUUCUUUCUGGAGGACAAAAACAAAGGAUUGCAAUUGCAAGGGCCAUCCUUAAAGAUCCAAAAAUUAUUUUGCUAGAUGAAGCAACAAGUGCAUUGGAUGUGGAAUCUGAGAGGAUAGUUCAGGACGCACUCAAUAGAAUAAUGAUAGAAAGAACCACACUAGUCAUUGCUCAUCGUUUGAGCACUGUAAAGAAUGUUGACUGCAUCACAGUUGUUCGUCAAGGGAAAAUAGUCGAACAAGGUACUCAUCAUACAUUGGUGAAGGAUACAAAUGGAGCUUACUCCCAGCUUAUUAGGCUACAAGACACUCGUGGAGACAAAAGGCAUAAAAUACAAGAUUCUGGAGUGCCAAAUUCCUUAUCAAAAAGCACUAGUUUGUCGAUUCGACAGUCAAUGAGUAAAGACUCUUUUGGCAAUAGCAACAGAUAUUCCUUCAAGAACCCUUUAGGAUUAUCUGUUGAAUUGCAUGAGGAUGAAAACACAGGCGGACAGAAAAAGGACGAGCUUACUGAUCGGAAGGCCCUUAAGAAAGGACCAAUUGGACGUCUUUUUUAUCUUAACAAGCCAGAGUUGCCAUUUCUUCUGCUUGGUUCUAUAGCGGCAGCAGUGCAUGGAAUCAUUUUCCCACUGUUCGGUAUACUAAUGUCUAGUGUUAUAAAAUCAUUCUAUGAAUCACCAGAUAAGCUGAGAAAAGAUUCUAACUUUUGGGCAUUGAUAUCUGUUGUUCUGGGGAUUGCAUCUCUGAUUUCAAUCCCAGCAGAAUAUUUUUUCUUUGGAAUUGCUGGAGGCAAGCUUGUAGAGCGUGUCCGAAUUCUGUCCUUUCAAAAUAUUGUGCGUCAAGAAAUCGCUUGGUUUGAUAAUCCCUCAAAUUCCAGGUAUCAUAUUCAAAUGAUAAUAAAUAGUUUAUAUUUUGUCAUCAUACUUAGAUUUACGCAAAUACUAAGAUUUUGCUUUACCACUUACAGUGGGGCAAUUGGUACAAGGCUUUCAAUUGAUGCAUUAAAUGUCCGGCGCUUAGUAGGAGAUAACUUGGCCAUUAUGUUGCAAUCCAUAGCUACAUUAAUCACUGGCUUCGUCAUAGCUUUUUCGACAGAUUGGAGGCUUGCACUGGUUAUCACUUGUGUCAUCCCUUUAGUAGGUGCACAAGGUUAUGCUCAAGUGAAGUUCUUGAAGGGGUUUAGUGAAGACGCUAAGGAGAUGUAUGAAGAUGCAGGCCAAGUUGCAACUGAUUCUGUUGGUAGUAUCAGAACAGUAGUAUCUUUUAGUGCAGAGAAAAGAGUGGUUACAACAUAUAACAAGAAAUGUGAAGCUUUAAGGAAACAUGGAGUUCGAAGUGGAAUCGUUGGAGGGCUUGGUUUUGGUUUCUCAUUGUUGGUGUUAUACCUCACAUAUGCUCUAUGUUUCUAUGUUGGUGCACAGUUCGUACAUCAGGGGAAAAUGGCUUUUUCAGAUGUUUUCAAAGUUUUUUUUGCUUUAGCUUUAGCAGCUGUUGGGGUUUCACAAGCAAGUGCAUUGGCGUCUGAUGCAACAAAGGCAACGGAUUCUGCCAUUUCAGUUUUCAGUAUCCUAGAUCAGAAGUCCAAAGUUGAUUCAAGUAGCAGUGAGGGCCUAACAUUGGAAAACAUUACUGGCAACAUUGAUUUCAGUAAUGUCAGUUUUAAGUACCCAUCACGCCCUGAUGUCCAAAUAUUCAGUGACUUUACCUUGAACAUUCCUUCCAGAAAGACCAUAGCACUCGUUGGAGAAAGCGGAGUUGGCAAGUCUACAAUAAUUGCUUUACUGGAGCGUUUCUAUGAUCCUGAUUCUGGUAGAAUCUCACUAGAUGGAGUCGAAAUUAAGAGCAUAAGAAUUAGCUGGUUAAGGGAUCAGAUAGGGCUGGUAGGCCAGGAGCCGGUGCUUUUCAAUGACACCAUCCGUGCCAACAUAACCUAUGGGAAACAUGGAGAGGUGACAGAGGAAGAGAUCAUGGCUGUUGCCAAGGCAGCAAAUGCCCAUGAGUUCAUAUCAAGCUUGCCACAAGGAUAUGGCACUUUGGUCGGUGAGAAAGGAGUGCAACUAUCUGGUGGGCAGAAACAGCGGGUAGCUAUUGCAAGGGCGAUUAUAAAGGACCCUAAGAUACUGCUACUUGAUGAGGCAACCAGUGCCUUGGAUACAGAAUCUGAGCGUAUCGUUCAAGAUGCAUUGGACAGAGUCAUGGUCAGCAGGACCACCAUUGUGGUGGCGCACCGCCUCUCCACAAUUAAAAGGGCUGAUAUGAUAGCAGUCCUCAAGGAAGGUAAAAUUGCAGAAAAAGGAAAGCAUGAGGCCCUGAUGCGAAUCAAGGAUGGAGCCUAUGCUUCGCUGGUUGAACUUCGCUCAAAUUCUGAGUAGAAUUAUGUUUCUUUUGACAUUUCUUUGUUCCUAGCAAAACGAUUUGGGAAUAUUAGUACUCCCUCCGUCCUGAAAUAAGUGACGUGGAUUUGUAUAGAAAAUGGAUUUGUAUAGAAAAUCAAUACAAAUCCACGUCACUUAUUUCAGGACGGAGGGAGUACAUUUGUUGUGAUUUGAGAAAUGAAAACAAGAUUGUAACAGUUUGUUUGCAUGGAAGGCCUAUGAUUGUAGGUAUGAGAGUAAUUUAACCGAUGCACUGACUGAUUCCACCACAGGAUUCAGCCUUUUCUU